AUGAAUCUAAGAGUGAAUUCCCAUAAACAGGCAAAAGAAAUUGAACGAUGCAAAGCUAUCGCACGAGAAUUGGCUGAGGGUCUUAUUCAGAGUGAAAAUGAUAGCAUCACACGAGAGCGGGCUGAUGCUCUUGAACGUCAGGCUGUGGAGAAACAAUUGACAAAUGAUCGGGAGCGGGCUAUUUUUCUGCAAAAGCAAAUUGAAGAACUCAAGCAAAAAGAGCUUAAGGCUCAGGCUCUGUCUCGUGAAGAAGAGCAACUUAUUCAGAAAAAAGCUUUUCUUUCUGAACUUGAAGCAGAACGCGAAGCCAGAGCACGGAAGAUUGAGCAGCGAGAGUGUGGCCGAGCCUUGUUGCGUCAACAUAAUGCAGCACUUCGUCGCCGAAGUAGACAGGUUAGUUGGGACAAUUGUCCAAUGAAAACCUGGUUAUCAUUCCGCUUCUUAAUAGCUACUUAG